AGAGACUCCACCACUGUCACCCAAGGAACUGUGACUGUGUUGAAUGACCCAGUGACUGCGCAGUACACCCACACUCUGACUGUGACUACUGCAGGAGUGUACAUGUGUACUGUGGCUAAUAACAAACCAUCUUCUGCUUCAUCAGCUAGCUUCACAUUGGAGGGUCCCCCACAUCCCACUGAUGUGACAGCAGUCCAGGAUAGUCCCACUAGUAUCAGAGUGAUCUGGACUCCUCCUUCUCCACUGGGAGAUACCACUGGCUACAGGAUCUCCUUCACUGGAGGCAGUGAUGUGGAUAUUGAUGGUGGCUCUACCAACAGCUACACUCUGACUGGUCUCACCAAUGGACAGACCUACACCAUAUCCAUUGUAGCGAUAGUUCCAAACAGACCAACAAGUGCUCCUUUUGAAGUUCGAGGAAUCACAUUAGUGGGUGUUCCAGAGAAACCAGUUGUAGAUAUGGACAGCAUUGAGACUUCGCCCACCACCAUCACUAUCUCCUGGGCCCUUCCUCCUGAUGUAACUGGCUCUGAGGUGAGCUGGGAGCUAACAGAGCAGACGAGAAGAAUACAAGUCCGCAAUGCUGAGAGAGGGACUAGUGGACAACUCCCUGCAGACCAGAACAGCUACACUAUCGACAAGCUGAGGAGUGGAACUAGCUAUGACAUCACUGUCACAGUCUUCAACCCUGCUGGGAGCUCUUCCACCACCUUCACUCGCUCUACUGAGGGAGGAAUGACUGUUGCAGAGAGUACUAGCUGUGAAUGUGACAACACUUCAGCCAUUAUUGGUGGAGUAGUGGCUGUUGCCUUUAUGAUCACUACCUCACUGACAGUCAUAGUGGUAGUGAUUCUAGUGUUA